UCGUUUUUUCGUUGGUUUUCUUCGUCGAUGAUCGAAGAGGUGGAAAGAAGUUUUAUUCAUCGUGCGUAGAGACUCACAAAGAAAAGUUUUAUACAAUUUCGCUAUUGAAUAUUGUAAUAAAGACAAAAUAAGUGAAUAAAUUCUUCUCUGAGGCUAAAAAGAAGCGGUCGUGCGAAACCAUAGAAACGAAAUAAAAUUUCCUUAUAGGAAAAAGUGAUGUGAAGGAGCAGCAGUAGUACAGAAAACGACGAAGUAAAUUCCAAUUGGACUUGAAACUACAUAGAAAAGCAAAAGACAAGUCGUCGUCAUAUGCGAAAAGCACAAAUCAAAAAAGUGAACAAGUCCAAAGCAAAACGAAAAACUAGAAGUUAAAGUGGAAGCAGUGAGAGUGGGAGAGUCCAAAAGAAAAUUUUGACAGUUGGUAACGAUUAUAGAAAAAAGUGGCUAAACUCAUCCAGAUACAAAGGCCCGGCUCGGAUAUAGAAACUUACAUCGUAUUAAAAAGAGACAAAAUUCAAGAAACGAACGUAUCAAAAGUAAAAGCUCAACCAACUGUUCGCCUCUUCUACACAUCUUACUGCUUCUAUCGCCGAUCUUUGUGGUUAUUUAACUCGCAACACUAUUAGUAAGGCUUUAAAGUCUUUUACAUGCUGUAGUAUUAUUACUUGUGCCCUAAAACACCGCCCCGGAAACAGUGGAAUACUCAUAUCGAUUACAAACAACCUAGCUCCAACCGUCAACAGCAUUCUCGCUGCCAACGUUUAAAUAACGUUAGUAGACUAGUUAAAAUUUGUGACUUGUUCUUGUGUAAAAUUUUUCGCAAUUUGAAGCAGCUGACGUGAAAUUUAAAGAAUUGUCAUACAUUUGUGUGUUAAUAAUCAUAAUCAGCCUUAACCUGUAUUACUCGGCUUAACAUUCACUUCUUCACAAUAGCUAUAAAACAAAUAAGCUAAUAAAGUCGCCCGUUAAGCAGCUGUUGCUGUGAGGAUUAGUUGACCAUUCUUGAUAUGGCACUCGACAUGGGUUUGCCUGUAAAUGGCACUAAUGCGCUGACAUCAUCCUUCACAGCUAAGAAAAAGGAUGCAUCUACUGCAGCAGAAGAGAAUUUAUGGUCUGCAAUUUUGAGUGAAGUACAAAAACAAGGCAGCACAAAACUUCCGUCAAAUAAAUCAGUACUAGUAUUAGGCGAUAAUGCCACCGGUAAAACGACUCUCAUUGCGAAAUUGCAAGGUGUCGAAGAUCCGAAAAAAGGUUCUGGUCUCGAGUACGCAUACAUCGAUGUUAAAGAUGAGUACAGAGAUGACACAACACGAUUAGGCGUUUGGAUUCUGGAUGGGGAUCCAGGACAUACAAAUCUCCUGCGUUACGCUUUGAAUGAAACGAACUUCGAACAUACCCUCGUCAUACUCACAGUCUCAAUGACAGAGCCAUGGGCAUGGCUGGAACAAUUGAAUCACUGGAUUAAAGUGCUCUCAGAUCACAUUGAGAGCCUGAAAUUGGAACCGCAAGAGAAGCAGGAAGCACGACAACGGCUAAUCACCACGUGGCAAAGUUAUUGCGAGGUGGGCGAUGAUUUGGAUCCGGGUUCGCCAGUGAAACGUACGAUGAGAAAUAAUUCGAUAGAUGACGACGAUCUACUGCCACUUACCGAGGGCGCGUUAACAACAAAUCUCGGUUUGGAUAUUGUUGUGGUGGUCACAAAGACGGACUACAUGACAACGCUGGAGAAGGAGUACGAUUAUCGAGAUGAACAUUUUGAUUUCAUACAGCAGUGGAUACGUCGCUUUUGCUUACAGCAUGGCACAUCACUUUUUUACACAAGCGUUAAAGAAGACAAAAACUGUGAUCUCCUCUAUAAAUAUUUGACACAUCGAAUUUACGGCUUACCAUUCCGAACGCCUGCGCUAUUCGUUGAGAAGGAUGCGGUUUUAAUUCCUGCAGGUUGGGAUAGCUUGAAGAAAAUAAGUAUUUUGUAUGAGAAUAUGCAAUCAUGUAAGGCAGAGGACUACUAUACAGACAUCAUCUCGCCACCGCAGUCCAGAAAAACUGUUGCAAAUCGUGAAAUCGAGGUGCAAACAGAGGACGAACAGACAUUCUUAUUGCGGCAGCAGGAGAUCCUCAAGCAGGGCGGACAGAUGCGCGGCGAUUCACCGUUGCGCGUGCAAGGCGGCAAUAAGGGCAUGCAAGCACGCACACCCGGCUCCGGCGGACAGGGUUCACCCAUAAAGGUCAACGCGAAGCCAACACCAGCUACACCGGGCAAUGAAGGUGUGCUCGCCAAUUUCUUCAACUCGUUGUUGCAUAAAAAAUCCGGUUCACCUGCCACACCAGCCACCCCGCCCAAUGCGCCCAACGCUGCAAGUACACCACGUACAAAUGGCACUGAUGGCGCCAUCGAUAAGUUGGCGAUGCGCUCGGAUGCAGCAGCCGAACUCGAUCGCCUGACGAGAAGUGCGAAAAAAGAAAUGGAUUAUUCACAAAGCGAGUGUUAAGCCGGGCGAUAAUGAUUGUAUAAUUUCGAAACGACUAGCAAGACACAAGUAUAAGAACAACAACAACACCACAGUGCGCUUCUGAACAAUCGGAGGGGAAAUGAGCAACAAAAACAAGAUACGUUUUUUUUUUAAAUAAGUGAAAUGAAAUGAGUGAAACUUAUAUGAAUGUAAGCAAAAAUGACGUGUGUAAUGAAACGUAAUCCCAAAGGGUGUGUUUAACUAACCCACAACCCCUUUAAACAUAAACGAGCGAUGAAUUAACGGAUUCACUGAAAAGUAUAAUUCUCUCAAGUAAUGAGAAACUCUCAAGUAAAAGAUUAAAAUAUUUGCAAAUUUUAAAGCAAACUUAAAAUACAUAAAGCUAGCAAGAAUGGAAGUCAAAGCAUAUUAGACUUAACGCAACAACUUACAAAAAAAAAAGAAAAGAAAGCAUAUUUUCACUAUCGUCUUGCUAACUCUGGCUAAGUUUAAACAUGUGUGACGCCUGUAUUGAUUAUUUCGUUGUUUCCUAACAUGCUUCUGAUUUAUAGUAAUUAUUUUAAAUAUAUGUGUUUAUUAUUAUUAUUUUUUUAAUAAUGCAAUAAAUGCAAUUUACAAUUGAUUUCAUAAGCGCUGCAACGUAUCAAAUGAUUAAUCUUAAUUACGGAAGCAAUGUGCAUAACAAGCGCAGAUAAUUAUAGCAAACCUUUUGAGUUUGGGGUCGGCGCCGGUUCAACAUUUGUCUGGCGUUUUAAAGCGACAUUUAGGCAGGAGCCCACUUUAACGCUGCUCAAGCGAAUAAUACGUUGUAAAUCAAUCACUUUUGGCAGCGUUUUAGAUUAGUCGGCGGCGUCUGCAUGUGUUUUAUCGAAGCAAUUUUAAGACGUUCUCAUGCGUUUGUGUUCCAAAAGUAAUGAGAAACUGUCAAGUAAAAGAUUAAAAUAUUUGCAAAUUUUAAAGCAAACUUAAAAUACAUAAAGCUAGCAAGAAUGGAAGUCAAAGCAUAUUAGACUUAACACAACAACUUACAAAAAAAGAAAGAAAGCAUAUUUUCACUAUCGUCUUGCUAACUCUGGCUAAGUUUAAACAUGUGUGAUGCCUGUAUUGAUUAUUUCGUUGUUUCCUAACAUGCUUCUGAUUUAUAGUAAUUAUUUUAAAUAUAUGUGUUUAUUAUUAUUAUUUUUUUAAUAAUGCAAUAAAUGCAAUUUGCAAUUGAUUUCAUAAGCGCUGCAACGUAUCAAAUGAUUAAUCUUAAUUACGGAAGCAAUGUGCAUAACAAGCGCAGAUAAUUAUAGCAAACCUUUUGAGUUUGGGGUCGGCGCCGGUUCAACAUUUGUCUGGCGUUUUAAAGCGACAUUUAGGCAGGAGCUCACUUUAACGCUGCUCAAGCGUUAAAUACGUUGUAAAUCAAUCACUUUUGGCAGCGUUUUAGAUUAGUCGGCGGCGUCUGCAUGUGUUUUAUCGAAGCAAUUUUAAGACGUUCUCAUGCGUUUGUGUUCCAAGUAUAAACGAUUUUGCAUUAGCGUAAUUAUAAUUAAAGAGCUUGGCAAUAUUGGCGAAAUUGCCAUUCUUUAUUUUUAUAUGCUAAUUUUUAUUAUUUUUGCUCAAAGCUUAAAGUAUACUGUAAUUUUAUAUAUAUAUAUAAAUAUUAAAUGUAAUUUAGAAAACACGAUAAUUUCAAUUCUAAAACUGUGCAUAAUUAAAAUAAAAUAAAAAAAUAGAGCUAUCUAUGUAAAUUGAGGAGAUUCUAAAAGAAGCAAAUAAAGUACCGAUGAAUGCGUAAAACUAUUGAUAUUUGGUCAAAAGCCAAGCAUAUUAACGUGUAAGCGGCAAGUUUCGAAGCACAGUGCUGGCAACAAGCAUAUUGGUAUCUUUAAGAACGAACAAAAUGAAGAAUAUAUAUAUAUAUGGAAAUAUAUAUGUAAAGAUACUAGUAUGUCUGUUAAAUUGAACACAAGUGUUUUCAAAACCGUUCAUGCCACAACUUUCGCACAAAAUACCAACUGCAGCUUGAUAUUGGAAUUUGUAUAUAAUGAUUUUUUUAAUUUAUGCAAAAGUCUUUCUGUCUCAUUAAAUUCAAUACUCUCUCUCUCUCUCAAUUGUGUUAUAAUUAAGAUACCGCAUACUAUAUUUAAAAAAAAAAGUUUCUUUUGUCUGAAAUCAGAAUUCAAUUAUAUAAGCUUGUGUGGAUAUCCAGCAAAAUGUGAACUAGAAAUUCAUUAAAAACCAUAAACAAGUUUAUUUGACAUUAGAGAUUAAAAAAAUAUAUAUUCGAAAAAAAUAUGCACUCUACCACGUAACACAUACACUUAUAUAAUUGAAUCAUGUUUUAAAAAAUAUAUUUAAAAAAAUACGUUUAAUAGCGCUUUUCAAUUGAAAUUUUUUCAAAUAGCUUUUGCGUCAAGUUUUUUGUAUCAAAGUAACUAUUUACAUAUGCAAAAUCGAGUAAUUUGUUCGAAAACAAAAAUUGAAAUUUACAGCUUAAAUUUUGUAUAAAAUAAUCAGCCGGUCUGAACAGACAUUCAAGGUAACAUGAAUUUACAAUGAGCUAAAAGUUGGUGUAUGUGUUCCAAACAGGUUUAAAUAUAACAUAAUAAAAGUACUUAUCGUUUCGAUGUGUUUAGAAAAAUACUCGAAAUCAAAGAUUUCAAAGCUUUCACGUGAUUUUCCACGAAACGGCAAAUUGUAGCAAAAAAUUACCUUUGCUGAAAUUUCUAAAUUAUAAAAUUAGCUAUAAAAAAUGAAUGUAUAUGUUUUAUUCUAAGUUUUUCGGCCGUUUCUGAGCUGUAACUAUUAAAAAAAAUUUUAAAACAGGACGCGCUAAGCACACUAUUUCAGAUUAGACGUAAAAAUGCGUACAUACUCGUACUACAACGGUCAUUACAUCUCAGCAACGGUAGGCCUUAAGAAAAAAGGAGUCAUACAUUUUUAUAUAUAAUUUUAUGAUUUACAAUUUACGUAGCCUUUCUCCUCGGGUUUUUUUUCGCAUAUUGAAGGAUGAGUACUUAUAUUAUGUAAUUUUUUAUUAUGUUUUGAAAAUAUGCAUUAACUUUCAGCUCGUUAUAUAUUAUUGUAACUUCACUCAUAUUUCUGUUUAAUUUUACUAAAAAAAAGGUUUAAAAAUUAAAAUAACUUGAUUGUUCAUUGUAUUAAGUUUAUUUAUUUUAUUUGCACAACUUUGGGAGCAGAUUUGCAAUUGCAUAUUUUUGCUCUAUCAUUUUUAGUUGUCUAACAAUAUGAAUUUUAUGAAAAGGAAUUUGAAAAAAUUUAUUGUCUCAUUACUCAUUCCUAAUUUAGAAUGCUGUACACAAACAAAAAAACAACUGUCGACUGUAAAAACUUAACGAAUACUUAAGAACCAUCCGAUUUUAAAAUAUUCCGUUCAAUAGUUUUGUGAAAUGCCACUAAAGGAAACGCCUUUGUACUGCAUAAAAACUUAUAUUUCUCCGCUUAUCUAGAUUGUACAGCUUAGAAAAGUCAAUGGUAUGCGCUUAACGGAUUGUGCAACUAAGGCAUUUGUGGGCAUUCGUUAAAUUUGACCAUCCAAUAGUCGGUACUUAAUGCUUUUUGUGCGUUUAGAACUACUUAAAAACCAUAAUGCCUUUCAAAGGUAGUUACUACCAACAGCAAUUUGGAAGCAGCUCUCAGAAAAUAAAUUAAAUAAUAAUAACUACAGCCCUUAGUUACUAUAGUAAAACUGAAUAAUUACAUGUAAUCAACCACACAAUGGCUAAACACACUUCAUUAUUUGUUAAAUUUAAUAUUGAAAACAAACAUUCGUAUGAGAUAUACAAAUUACAUAGAUUUAGCAAAAUUGCAGUUAUAUUUGUUGGCAACUUGUGUGGCAUGCGAAAGUUCUAAGCGUAACUAUUAUUUUGCAUUAAACGCUGACGUAUUUUGUUUGGUUGCAGUUGGAGUCACUCAGUAUACAAAACAGUAAAAUGCAGUAAAACUAUUUGGUAUUUGUCACACUUUUUUCUAACGGUAAAAUAUUAAUAUAAAGUUUAAAAUGUAAAAUGUAUUUAAUUAGUAAAACUUUUUGAACUGAAAAUUUUUAAACGAAAGCAACAAAAUACUUAAGGAGACUUUAAAACCACUGCUGUUAUCUUUUUUUUUUAUUAAACACAUAUUUUUUAUUUCCAUAAAGAAAAAAUAUAAAGUAAUAUUUUAUUAAAUUUUAAUUUACUAUCAUUUGCGAAAACUCAGAACUAGUGUUAAAAUUAAAAACGAUAAGUAAUUAUUUAUAUAUAGAGACGCAGCCGCACCACGCAAAGAAGCGUGCGACAGCUUGUUCCACUUUUCUCUAAGAAAAGUUGCUAUCACAAGCUUAAGUUUUUGUAAUCUGUAAAAUAAAAUAGCACACAAAAAUCGAUCAGAAGUAAAAAUUCAAAUAUAUACAUAUGCAUAUGUAGCAGCUGUAGUGUAUACAUGUAUUACGCGGUAUAUUGGUAUAUAAUGCUGAGAUUGGGGCAUAUUUUUGUUACAAUUCAUUGUUCGCCAGCCUUUGCCAAUGUUAUUCCAAUUUAAAAGUAUGUGCAUAACAAAAGUCGUCGAAUAGUGAAUGAUAACAAAGAGUAAAUCGAUUGCCCCUUUUAGUGUAUGUAUUGAUAUAUAAUUUCACUCCUAAGUGUAAACAAAAAAAUCAACAACCUAAAAACAUUUCAAUAUCAGCUGAGUAACGAAAUUAUUGUCUUCAAAAAAACAACAGUUUAUUUGCUCUUAAAGAAAUUUAACAAAUAACUGCAAAACUGCUACACAACCAACAGCAACGUUAAAUAAAUAUAAAAAAUACUAAUGAUAUCAAACAAAAAUUUAUGCAGAAAAAUUAAAGUGAAAAAAACAAAA